CUCUGGGUCUUAGGAGCAAUGAUGUCCAUCCAUUCCAGGGCUCAUCGGUUUGAGGUUCUCCCAAAUGGCACCCUUGUUAUUCAAAAUGUUCAGCUGCAAGACAGGGGCACAUACAUUUGCAGUGCACACAGCUCCUUUGGUCGUGACAGGCUGCUAACCACCCUGGACGUGUGGACGCGCCCGCCUCGAAUGCAACUGGCUAGCUAUAGAGAAGCCACGAUCCAUCAAGGCGGGGAUGUCCACCUGGAGUGUCAGGCCAGCGGCGUUCCCACCCCUCUGCUCUCUUGGAUUCUACCGGACCGCUCCGUCCUGACCUCCACGGCCAACUCAAGCAAGCGAAUCAACAUGGAGACAAAUGGAACUCUCCACAUUUCAUCAACGCUGCAAAGUGAUCGGGGGGCAUACCGCUGUGUGGCCUCCAACUCGGCCGGUGCCGCCAGUGCUUCAGUGCGCUUACACGUGUCAUCGUUGCCCCCGGUGAUACAGCAACCUAGAGAGGAACACCUGCUUUUGGCUCCAGGAGGACCUCUCUACGCCCACUGUACUGCGAGAGGGGCCCCGUCGCCAGCCAUGCGAUGGCGUAUUCCAGAUGGUGCUCUAGUUCGGCCGUCCCAGUUUCUCCACGGCAACCUUUUUGUCUUGCCGAACGGUACGCUGCACAUUCGAAAGGUCGGGCGUAAGGAUGCUGGGAAUUACGAAUGCACCGCUUUUAAUGCGGUUGGAACUGAUAAAAGGAUAGUGAGAGUGGAAAUUAAAGAGGAGACGCAAGUAGAAGUGACGAGUGAUCCAAAAAACAUGACACUUUCAUCCUUUCUUCUGAAAAACAGCCAAGACGGCUUUCAGUCAAAGCCACUUGACUCUGCCAGAUUGACCCCUCCGAGUCCCAAAUCCCCAUUUCACCCUCAUCAGCCAAUUUAUGCUGACUCAACCUCUAAAAUCAAUAGAACCGCCAUCAACUCUGCCACACGGUUGACUAACUUGACAAAAACGUCCGUGGCUUCACAUAACACCACGCUCAUCUCACAAACAUCUGACAAAGGUAGCGCUUCAGUCAUUCUACCCUCCUUGCCAGUCUCUCAAUUCACCAAAGCCCGGAUUGUCUCAACCUCGCCCUCUGUCACUACGGUUUCCUACGGGGAAAAUCUGCAGCUCCACUGCUCUGUAACAGGCAACCCAUCCCCCAUUAUCAUUUGGAAGACCCCAAACAGAAAACUGGUGGAUAUGCAUUUCAGUUUCGACAAACGCCUGAAAGUGCACCAAAAUGGGACGCUCUCAGUCCAUUCGGUGACAGAACGCGACGUUGGCGAUUACCUUUGCAUCGCACGCAACAAGGUCGCCGAUGAUUACCGCCUGCUGCGUGUGUCCGUGGUUAUCAAGCCUGCAAAGAUCGAGCCAAAGCAACCUUUCAAUCAGAUGGUGUCAUUCGGAAACGCACUGAAGGUGGACUGUUUGGCAUCAGGAUUGCCAGACCCGGCAGUCAGUUGGAGUCUACCAGAUGGAACCACGGUUAACACCGUGUUGCAAGGGGAAGAAAGACCAGGGCGAGGACGCCGUCUUAUCGUUUUCAAUAAUGGAACAUUGCUGGUUCCGGCUGUGGGCAGGGGAGAAGAAGGCGAGUACACUUGCUAUGCUGAGAAUCAAGGAGGUCAAGAUACCAUGAAGGUGCAAGUCAAAGUCAUGAUGACAGCGCCACCUACCUUCAAUGAUGACAAUCGUUAUCAAGUCAUUAAAGUACGUCAGGGGGCUACAGCUGUCAUCCGCUGCCAGGCCACUGGGGAUCCCCCGCCGACGGUGACCUGGUUCUCCCCGGCACGUCGCGUCAUCCCAGCCAAUUCUGGUUUUUACUCCGGCCGGAUUGUGGUGGCUUCUGGUGGAACACUGGAGGUCCAUCAAGCCCGCAAGAUUGACGCAGGAAAUUAUACAUGCCGGGCAAGCAACUCUGCUGGGGAAAGAAGCAUGGUAGUAGGCCUCGAGGUGGACGUUCCUAAUAAUGGAAACAAUGGCAAUAGCGAUAGCAAUGCCUGGAUGAGAACAAUCAAUGGAUUUAACAAAGCAACUAGUAGUCUUAAUCCAGCCCGAAGGAGUGAUAGCGAACAUGGAUUAAAAAGGCCCGUUAGUGGAAUCACAACCCAUCUUGACCAUGUUGUCAGAGUGGGUGUGAACAGUGGUGAAAAUACAGGCACCAAAGCAGAUAAGAGCGGAAUCCUGAAUCGAAAUGCGCAUGAAACUCCGAAUAGUAUGAGAAACAGUCCUAGUUCAGUCAGAGAAGGAAGUCAUGCAAGCAAUCUUGGGGCAAGAAGCAACGAGGUUGCAGCAGGAAAAACUAACAAUGACGCAAACCUCAGUUGGGAUAUCAGCAUGAUAAGCGGUCUUUCUAGAAAUGGCGUGUUUACAAGCAGUGCUACGAACAAUGCUGAUGGUAGAGCAAGUUGGGUCAGAGGUAACUCGGGACUGACUAAUGACAAAAGCAGGAAAAUCCCUGCCGGCACAGGCACUGGUAGCACCCCAAAUAAACUCGUGGGUGUGGUAACAACUGAGAAGCGGCGCAUAAUGAAAGGCCAAUCUGUUCUCUUGCCAUGUCCGUCUCACGGAUCCCCUCCUUUAACCUGGUAUCUGCCUGGUAACGGCGUGCUCCCAGCCCCUCACUAUGGCAGCCGGUUCACAGUGCACCGAAACGGCUCCCUGGAGCUGCGGGGUGCUAGGUUGAGCGACGGCGGUACUUUUCUCUGCGUGGUGAGAGGCGACAAAGGAGAGACCAGGAUUCAAGUGGAGCUGGAGGUCUCAGAGUUGCAAGAAGCGUCACGGCCACUCUGGUCUGUGGCACCUCGAUCGGGAGCGGCUCAGCAAGCUUCUCAAUCGAGACGGCUGUUGCCAGAGGUGUCUCGUCACCCAAUUCCUGUUUCUCAAAAAACGUUGCAAAGUGGCCCAUCCUUGCUCGUAGCCCCAGAUCCAGUAGGUCCUCCCUCGCCCUCUGCCAUCUCGGCACCAGCCCUGAGCACCCAAACUGCUUCUCUGAUGAGCAUUACAAAUGGAGAGACUCUUCGUCUACCCUGCUCUUCUACUCGAGCCCCAAAACACACCUCGGCGUCUCUUUCUUGGACUUUUCCCAGCGGCAAGGUGUUGUCAAAAGGUGACAAAGGGGACUCUGGCCGCUACUUCGUCCAAGAUGAUGGGACGCUGGUGAUCCAACACACAUCCGUAUUCGACCGAGGCACCUAUACCUGCAGAUACGCUAGCCCAGACACUUCUUCGGUUUCGGUUGUCACGGUUCCCGUCAUCAUCAUUGCAUACCCCCCACGAAUUACAACAGGACCCUCACCUGUGACCUACACACGUCCUGGCGUUGCUGUGGAGCUGCCCUGUCUCACCAUAGCAACUCCCCAGGCGGUGGUUACCUGGGAAACACCAGACAUGACACAGCUGAGGGUGCUGGGUCAGGCUCGUAUCUAUGGUAACCGUUAUCUCAGUCCCCGAGGUUCUCUGGUGAUACAGAGGCCGUCGAGCCGCGACACGGGAUUUUACAGGUGCACGGCCAAAAAUGUCAUAGGGGUGGACACCAAAACAACAUAUCUGCAUGUUGUAUAAUGAGGUAAAGAACAUGCACACGGCAUCCCUGUCACUGACUUAAUUCAAUGUGUCCCUCAUGCCCAAAGGAACUGCAAAGUUUUGUUGAGAUACUGUUAACGUUUAAGAUCCCAGUACAAUACAGUUUUUUAUUUGUUUUUUUUUUUUUUUUUUGGCUGAAGUAAAUUUCAGCGCACGGUGUCUGUCGGUUUUUACGUUCUUUGUUUGUACACAUGCAUUUACUAAAUGUGCCUUGUCUUUACGGUAGGACGAAAACUCAUUUUUAUAUGGUGCUCAAGUUACAAUAUUUAUGAUUUGGUGACGUGCAACACUGUUUUUUUUUUUUUUCUUAGCGAUUACAUAAAAAUCAAUCUGCUUUAAUUUGGAGGCCUCCAAACCUUUUGCACAGUUUCUAACUCACUAACUGUUAAAUUUAACAACAGAAAUUCACAAUCAUGACGUUUUACCUAGUCGCAAAUUCUUAAUACUUUGGACAAAUAUUUGUUUUUCAUUUGUAAUUCAAAUGCAGUACAGAUUUAUAAUUCAAAUGUUUUUUUGUUGUUGGAAUUGCUCAUUUUAUCAAUUUGAUUUUGAAAGAUAAAGCUUGCCCGCAUCCCAGAAUUAAUGGGGCAGCGUGAUGAGGCUUGAAAACAUUCAAAAAUAUGUUUACAAGACAAAUUGCAUCUUUGUAAUUAUGAUGAUGAUGAAAAUGCUGUUAUUGCCAAUAUGUGCACAAUGGUAGCAGCUCGGAGCAAUCUUUUUUUAAUUGCUUUCGUUCAUCGCAUAAGGACUUUUUUAAGAGCAGAGUUAGUUUCCUUACGACAGGUGAGGGGGAACCUUCAGCCUGUGGGUCAGAUAAAGCCCAGUGGAGCAUCUGAUCUGGCCCGGAAGGAAUUUUGAAAAUGAAACAUUUCAUUUCUAAUGAUAACAUUAUUGCAUCAUGUUUUCAUACAUUUUGGUACGUCCCGCUGAGGGGUGUGUUCAAAAGGGAUUAGUAAAAGGAUCCCCCAGCCCUGCCUGAUGAGAAAAAGAAAAAUCACAAAUGUCGACUCUGUCAAGCAACUAGAAAUUUUUACAGCAUCGAGAUAUUAAUAAAAUGAAGAAUAACAAUCUAUCUUAUUUUUUCCCUCUCUGUUUUUCUUAAGAAAACAAUUUGUAUAUUUCAAACUCAGCCGUAGAACAUGGAAGGGAGAUUUUGUACUGCAGGGAGGAGACAUGAUGACAGCAUAUCGUUUUCACUGGAAACUGCAAUAAAACUCUCACGAGCCCAC